AUGGCGGCUGCUGUAGUUCUUCCCGGCAAGAGAAAGAGCGCUCUUUUGUACCCACGAUGGGCCCUUGAGGCAUUACGAGAGUCCUUAACGAUGGUUGUAUCCUAUGACGAUGACAGCUAUGACGAUGACAGCUAUGACGAUGACAACUAUGACGAUGACAACUAUGACGAUGACAACUAUGACGAUGACAACUAUGACGAUGACAGCUAUGACGAUGACAGCUAUGACGAUGACAGCUAUGACGAUGACAGCUAUGACGAUGACAACUAUGACGAUGACAACUAUGACGAUGACAGCUAUGACGAUGACAGCUAUGACGAUGACAACUAUGACGAUGACAACUACGACGAUGACAGCUAUGACGAUGACAACUAUGACGAUGACAGCUAUGACGAUGACAACUAUGACGAUGACAGCUAUGACGAUUGGGUGGUUGGUGGAUGUGAGUGGGUGGUGGGUGUGGUGACAACACGACGCUUCCUCCACGACGGACAACACGACGCUUCCUCCACGACGGACAACACGACGCUUCCUCCACGACGGACAACACGACGCUUCCUCCACGACGGACAACACGACGCUUCCUCCACGACGGACAACACGACGCUUCCUCCACGACGGACAACACGACGCUUCCUCCACGACGGACAACACGACGCUUCCUCCACGACGGACAACACGACGCUUCCUCCACGACGGACAACACGACGCUUCCUCCACGACGGACAACACGACGCUUCCUCCACGACGGACAACACGACGCUUCCUCCACGACGGACAACACGACGCGUCCUCCACGACGGACAACACGACGCGUCCUCCACGACGGACAACACGACGGGUCCUCCACGACGGACAACACGACGGGUCCUCCACGACGGACAACACGACGCGUCCUCCACGACGGACAACACGACGGGUCCUCCACGACGGACAACACGACGGGUCCUCCACGACGGACAACACGACGGGUCCUCCACGACGGACAACACGACGCGUCCUCCACGACGGACAACACGACGCGUCCUCCACGACGGACAACACGACGCGUCCUCCACGACGGACAACACGACGCGUCCUCCACGACGGACAACACGACGCGUCCUCCACGACGGACAACACGACGCGUCCUCCACGACGGACAACACGACGCGUCCUCCACGACGGACAACACGACGCGUCCUCCACGACGGACAACACGACGCGUCCUCCACGACGGACAACACGACGCGUCCUCCACGACGGACAACACGACGCGUCCUCCACGACGGACAACACGACGCGUCCUCCACGACGGACAACACGACGCGUCCUCCACGACGGACAACACGACGCGUCCUCCACGACGGACAACACGACGCGUCCUCCACGACGGACAACACGACGCGUCCUCCACGACGGACAACACGACGCGUCCUCCACGACGGACAACACGACGCGUCCUCCACGACGGACAACACGACGCGUCCUCCACGACGGACAACACGACGCGUCCUCCACGACGGACAACACGACGCGUCCUCCACGACGGACAACACGACGCGUCCUCCACGACGGACAACACGACGCGUCCUCCACGACGGACAACACGACGCGUCCUCCACGACGGACAACACGACGCGUCCUCCACGACGGACAACACGACGCGUCCUCCACGACGGACAACACGACGCGUCCUCCACGACGGACAACACGACGCGUCCUCCACGACGGACAACACGACGCGUCCUCCACGACGGACAACACGACGCGUCCUCCACGACGGACAACACGACGCGUCCUCCACGACGGACAACACGACGCGUCCUCCACGACGGACAACACGACGCGCCCUCCACGACGGACAACACGACGCGCCCUCCACGACGGACAACACGACGCGCCCUCCACGACGGACAACACGACGCGCCCUCCACGACGGACAACACGACGCGCCCUCCACGACGGACAACACGACGCGCCCUCCACGACGGACAACACGACGCGCCCUCCACGACGGACAACACGACGCGCCCUCCACGACGGACAACACGACGCGCCCUCCACGACGGACAACACGACGCGCCCUCCACGACGGACAACACGACGCGCCCUCCACGACGGACAACACGACGCGCCCUCCACGACGGACAACACGACGCGCCCUCCACGACGGACAACACGACGCGUCCUCCACGACGGACAACACGACGCGUCCUCCACGACGGACAACACGACGCGUCCUCCACGACGGACAACACGACGCGUCCUCCACGACGGACAACACGACGCGUCCUCCACGACGGACAACACGACGCGUCCUCCACGACGGACAACACGACGCGUCCUCCACGACGGACAACACGACGCGUCCUCCACGACGGACAACACGACGCGUCCUCCACGACGGACAACACGACGCGUCCUCCACGACGGACAACACGACGCGUCCUCCACGACGGACAACACGACGCGUCCUCCACGACGGACAACACGACGCGUCCUCCACGACGGACAACACGACGCGUCCUCCACGACGGACAACACGACGCGUCCUCCACGACGGACAACACGACGCGUCCUCCACGACGCGUCCUCCACGACGGACAACACGACGCGUCCUCCACGACGGACAACACGACACGUCCUCCACGACUGACAACACGACGCGUCCUCCACGACGGACAACACGACGCGUCCUCCACGACGGACAACACGACACGUCCUCCACGACUGACAACACGACGCGUCCUCCACGACGGACAGCACGACGCGUCCUCCACGACGGACAACACGAUACGUCCUCCACGACGGACAACACAACGCGUCCUCCACGACGGACAACACGACGCGUCCUCCACGACGGACAACACGACGCGUCCUCCACGACGGACAACGCGACGCGUCCUCCACGACGGACAACACGACUAA